UGGUUGUAGUUUAUCGUGCUAUGAUAACCUAAGCAUGAAGCAUGAACAAGCAGAACACCUGAUUCCGUGAUUGUGAUUGAAUUUUCUAAUUUCUAGUAUUUAUUUAUUGUAGUUUCAGGUUUCAGUAUUUUCAGCACAUUUUUUAGUAUUUACUGAAUUCGAUUUAUGUUAAUUUAGUAUAUAGUAAAUUCUAAAAUAAAUAUUAUUGCUAGCCGCGUAAUGAAGAAGAAUGUUGAUUAUUUAUAGUUUAAAAGAUUUCCUAUCAAUCUAAUUGCAUUUAAUAUUUGCUGUAAGUGGAAAGUGGAUAAAAUAUUUGAAAAAAAUGGAUGAAACCUUACUGGACGCAGAAACCUGGAAGUUGGAGGCAGAAGCUAUAAUAAAUGAUGUGAAAGAUCAUGUGCAAGAAUUAAAAAUAUCGGAAAAAAUUAAGAGCACUAGCCAAUUCAUAUAUUUGAAUUUAAGAACAAUCGAACACAAAGAUUUUUGUGUAGAAUUAUCUGCACAAGGAUUUCGAAUUAUUGGUCAUAAUUUUGACGAAAACAAUAUUGACGGUGAUGAGUACUUUGAAACACCUUAUAGCCUUCUGAAUGUUGUUAGUCCAAAAUUUAAAGAAUCAUUUGGAAAUGCUCUUUUCAAAAAAUUGAACGAUCUGUAGCAGACUCCUAGAAUAAUUCCACAGUGAAUAUAGUAAAUUUCAUACAAUUAAAUGCAGUUUACUAUACAUUGAUAUAAUAGUUUGCAAUGUAUGUACAUUGUAGAUGUCUGAAUUCUGCCGUAGGGUAAACUUUUUAAUGCACAACAUGCACAUUGAAGAAAGCGAUUUAUGUCUUGAUGUAGGAUGCAGUUUCACAGGAGCUCUUGCAUCUAGAUACGAGUUGUAUGUCAAUUACCAAGUUAAAUAAAUAGACUGCAUUAUUUAUAAAAGUUUUAUGUUAACAGAUUGAAGAAGUUUGCAAAUAACUUGUAGUUCCAGGUUUAUGUAACAUUUAUAUGCAAUAAACUGUAUUGAAAGGAAU